UUCCAAAGAUUUGUGUAUUAGAGACUAAGCCUCAAAUUUUCUAGAAUUUUAUAUAUUUUUCUUCUACACUGCAAGUUCUUGUGUGGGGAUAUAUACUAUACAUUUCCUCUCGAGAAAACAUUGAACAAGUGCAAUGGAUUCAGGAAACGUCAUCAAGGAGAUCCCCUUGAAUGAAAAGGAAGGAACUAAUUGCGUAGGGGCUACUAUUGAGAACUGCAACAUUAACAACAAAGAGAAUACUAUAUAUGCCCAAAGCAAAAAAGUCGAUAAAAAGAGCGUUGGUGGCUGGGGACCUGCAUUUCUCCUUCUAGCUAAUCAAGGUCUAGCAACACUAGCCUUUUUUGGGGUUGCUGUGAACUUGGUUUUAUUCCUUACCAGGGUUCUUGGUCAAGAUACUGCUUCUGCGGCCAACAACGUUAGCAAAUGGACUGGAACAGUUUAUUUGUGCUCAUUGAUCGGAGCCUUUCUUAGCGACUCAUACUGGGGACGAUAUAUGACCUCUGCAAUCUUUCAGCUGAUAUUUGUGCUGGGUCUGGUGUUGUUAUCACUCUCUUCUUGGAUAUUUUUGGUGAAACCUAGUGGUUGCGGUGAUGGUAAAAAAUCUUGUAUGCCCACGUCGUCAGUUGGCAUUGGAUUAUUUUACCUAGCAAUUUACUUGGUGGCCUUUGGCUAUGGUGGCCAUCAGCCUAGUCUCGCUACCUUUGGAGCAGAUCAGUUUGAUGAAAAAAAUCCCAAGCAGAAAAAGUCUAAAGCAGUUUUCUUCUGCUACUUCUACUUUGCACUAAAUGUCGGCUCACUUUUCUCAAACACAAUUCUUGUGUAUUUCGAAGAUCUUGGCAUGUGGACAAUGGGAUUUUGGGUUUCCACAGCUUCUGCUGUUAUAGCAUUAGUAUCAUAUUUGAUGGGGACCAAGUGUUAUAGAUAUGUUAAACCGAGUGGAAACCCCUUGCCUCGUGUUGCUCAAGUAUUUGUUGCUGCUGCUCGGAAAAGGAAACUUAAAUUGUCUGAUGGUGCUGAGCUGUACGAGGUUGAGGGAUCAGAGUCUGCAAUCAAAGGAAGUCGAAAAAUUCUUCAUACUGAUGAGUUUAAGUGUUUAGAUAAAGCAGCAGUAGUAGAGGAAGAAGAUCAAAACAGUUCGAUUGUUAAUCCAUGGAGGCUAUGCACUGUCACUCAAGUCGAAGAAGCCAAAUGUGUAAUCAGAUUGUUGCCUAUCUGGCUGUGCACUAUAAUAUAUUCAGUUGUAUUCACACAAAUGGCAUCUCUCUUUGUUGAACAAGGAGAGGUCAUGAAAUUAGAAUUUGGAAAUUUCCGCAUCCCAGCCGCUAGUAUAUCAUCUUUCGACAUCUGCAGCGUCCUUGUCUGCACGGGAAUUUACCGCCAGAUUUUGGUUCCACUGGCAGGAAGAUUGAGCAGUAACCCUAAGGGAUUAACAGAACUUCAAAGAAUGGGAAUCGGGCUGGUUAUUGGGAUGCUAGCAAUGAUUGCAGCUGGAAUCACCGAGUUAGAAAGGCUUAAAAGAGUACCUCCGGGAAAAGACUCAAGUACACUAAGUGUAUUUUGGCAAAUUCCACAAUACGUUCUUGUCGGUGCAUCCGAGGUUUUUAUGUACGUAGGGCAGUUGGAGUUCUUUAGUGAACAAGCCCCGGACGGAAUAAAGAGCUUUGGAAGUUCACUUUGCAUGGCUUCAAUUUCUCUAGGAAACUAUGGUAGCAGUAUGCUCGUAAUUAUGGUAAUGGAGAUCACUGCUAAAGGUGAUAACCCUGGAUGGAUUCCAGAGGAUCUAAAUAACGGCCACCUUGACAGAUUUUACUUCCUCAUUGCUGGAUUAGUUGUCAUUGAUUUUGCUAUCUAUGUGUAUUGUGCUAAGUGGUACAAAAGCACCGACUGGGAUGGAAGCCAGAGUGUGGUACCCAAGGAUGGACAAGUAGAAGAUGGAGCAGUUGCCGAUGUGUAACAAAGUACUUCCGAAGCAGAUAAGAAUUGAACUAGUUUAAUUAGCAGUUCUUUUCAACGGACAGUUCUAUCCCGAUUAUCAUGUUCAUUGAAAAUAAGAAUGUAUGAACAUUAAUAUGUGCAUCAGCAAAAUGCUAACUAAGCACUGUUUUUUUUCUA